UCUGCUCCCACAAUUCAACAGGCAACAAAGGAAGAAAGGAAGAGGCCGUGAGCUACAAAGAGUUAGCCGACAUAGGUUAAAAGUUGUCUCACUAAUUGUGUCGUUGUUAGUCGCCAACAUAUUCCCGUGCGUAAAGAAAAGUACAAAGUCCGUCCAUGCGUGUGUUUUUGUACUGUGUUCUGGCGUAGAAGUGACCUAAAGGGACGACAGAGGUGAUGUUUUCGACAUGAAACGCUAACAAAGCUAACUGACUGAGGUAGGAAGGUAGCACUAGCUACGCUAACGUUAGCCAACAAUCGCCAAAUCUUUUAACGUGUUUUCACUGACAAUUCCUAAAAGAAACAAUGAAUUGCUUCGGACAAUAAUAAAGCCAGAGGUGACGAGUAAUUGAAGGUGGUAGAGGUGGAAUUUGACCUAUCCAACUGAGUCACCAUUUUCCUGCCGAUAAUGGGAUUUUUGGAUCCACUGUAUGUAUGACUUGUUUCAUGUGGCCUGAUGGAAGGACGUUGUGGAUAGUGCUUUCAUCAGGAUACCAGGAGAGCCGUCCCAUGCCCCCACAUUGGUGGGCCUGUCAGAAUGAAGAAAAUAAGCCUUAAAACGAUCCGCAAGUCCCUCAACAUAAAGGGCAAAGAGGAGGGUGACUUUGUCAUGCUCCAGCAGCCUUCGGUGACAACAGAGUUUUCUAAAGAGGAAUCUCUUUUUGGAGGCUGCUACACCAAAGACCUUCCAGGGUGCGAUCUUGGUUGUGAGGACGAUAAAGGAGGCCAGAAUAAAAACCGAUCCAAGAGUGAGGGCCUGAUGGGGUCGUUAAAGAGGAGGCUGUCUGCCAAACAAAAGGCGAAAGCAAAAGGUGGCUCCUCACCUUUGUGUUCGGUGGAUGAUGACACCUUUUCUUCCUCUUCUGUGCCCAUUAGCAAUGAGGUGAAAGCCCAGAGACCCCAUAGAUCUUCAUCCUUUCGGAGUCACCAUUACAGCCCCUCUCCAUGGCCUCUGCGACCAGUCAACUCUGAUGACGCAUGUAUCAAGAUGGAGGUGAAGGUUAAAGCCAUGGUCCACUCUCCUUGUCCAAGUCCCAACCUAAAUGGUGUUCAUAAAGAAUUUCAUAACUUCCAGAUGGAAGGGCUCUUUCAGGACCAAGCAGAGUCCAUAAAGUAUCUCCAACAACCACAAAAUGGUGAGCUGCAUCUCAACAUCGACGAAAAUGGUGUGCCUAUGGUGCUGGGGUUGACGCCCCAGGACUACAUCCAUUACACAAUGCCUUCAGAUGAUGGAAUGUAUCCAGAAGGGUCCCACUCCUUCUGCCUUGAUAGCACUACUUCCAUGGAGGUAGUGACAGAGGCAGACAACAGGUCCCUCCACACAGAGCAGGGACAGGAGGAGCAUGAACUGGUUAAUGGGUUGCCUGCGGAUCUCUUCAUGGAAACCUCAGUUAGUAGUAUUCUUUUAGGUUCUGCUGGUAUGGUGCUCCAAAGCUCUCGAGUGGAAGUACCACCCCCCCUCAGCCCACUUCUGCCACCCAUGACAAGUAACGGACACAUCCCUAGGACUUUUUCCAGCUUCAGUUCCACAGACAGCCAGGUAGCUGAGAGAGUAAGACAUCACCUCAACUUUGACCCAAAUACAGCUCCUGGAGUCAGUCGGGUAUACGAUUCAGUCCAGAGCAGUGGGCCGAUGGUCGUGACCAGUCUGACCGAGGAGCUUAAGAAGCUUGCGAGGCAGGGCUGGUACUGGGGCCCCAUCACACGGUGGGAGGCAGAGGAGAAGCUGGUCAACUUGGCCGACGGUUCAUUCCUGGUCAGAGACAGCUCAGAUGACAGGUACCUGCUCAGCCUGAGCUUCAGAUCACAGAGCAAAACUCUCCACACCCGCAUUGAACACUCCAAUGGACGCUUCAGCUUUUAUGAGCAGCCUGAUGUCGAGGGACACACAUCAAUUGUUGAUUUAAUUGAACACUCCAUCAAAGACUCAGAGAAUGGAGCUUUUUGUUAUUCCAGGUCUCGCCUUCCAGGGUCUGCAACCUACCCCGUCAGACUAACCAACCCAGUAUCUCGGUUUAUGCAAGUGCGCUCCCUGCAGUAUCUUUGCCGCUUUGUCAUUAGGCAAUACACAAGGAUAGACCUCAUCCAGAAACUGCCCUUACCCAACAAGAUGAAAGAUUACCUGCAGGAAAAGCACUACUGAGGACACCAACAGGGCAGUGGUAGCAGUUUGCACUUUUGUGUUUAGUUAAGAUUUUUACACAAGGUUUACAGACAACCACAGUUUGACGUGAUUGGUUCUGAUAGCUCUUGAAUUAUGUCAGUGUCCAUUUCACUGUUCUGUGAGGUUUUAUUUGCUGGAAUCCAGGAGGUUCUGCAUCCAGUAACAUUUAAUCUAUUACAAAAAAAUAGCUGAGGUGAAAAGCAAAGUAAGCUUAGUUGGAAACAAUGAAGUGCAGACAUUUGUCAGGUGUGAUGUAUGGGUAUGUAUACUAUCCAGCUGUCCAAAUAGAAUAGAAUUUCCUCAAUUAUCUGCAGUAAAGUUGAGCAAGUGGGAAAAAUACAAUUCCUCUUUGAAUUGAAAAUUUGAAUUGUACAUCGCAGAAAUGAUUACAAGUAAAAAAAAAAAAAAGUUUGCUACAAAUGGUUUUUCAUCUCUGCAGACUCACCACAUUUGCACAUCUUUUGCCUAUCAGUUUUGUAGAUGUUGAAAUUAGGGGCGCACCGAUUGUAGUUCUCUGGCCGAUUAUUGAGCUUUAAAAAGCCUGACCUGUCAGUUCCGAAUUGGCUGAUAUCAAUUUUUUUCACAUUUCUUUAUAACUGAUACUGUCAGGUGUUGUAGGGUCACAAUACACCUUAUGUUAUUGAAAAACAUUGAACAAUACCUGUGAAAAAAUACAAACUUUGUUUUAACUGCCCGUGACGCAGUGCUCUCAAAUAUGAACGAAAUGAUUAUAGCAUUGCAGUUCCUUUUAGUCUUUCACUUUUCACAUUUUAAAAAGAAACAAAACUUGCACAAUAGGUUAGGCAAGAUCAGUGGAUAAGAUCGGUUUUAACAUUUAAGUAUCGAAAACCGAUCUCCCUAAACUAAGGAAAUCAGGGCCAAUGGAUCGGUUGGCAGAUCAGUGCACCCGUAGUUGAAAUGUUUUUUUUUACUUGAGGCAUGAUCAAAAGUCCUGGCAUAGUGAAACUUUGCAUUUAAAAUAAUGUAUGGUCCUUUUCUAUACUUCUGUUCUUCAGAAUGGUUCUGGUGUACAAACAUGGACAGUAAAUUACAUGAUUAUGUUGGUCAAAAGUUCUCAAGCUAACCAAAGUACUAAGCCAAGAACAAACAGUAUGUAGAAAGCUGUGUGGCAAAAUAUGUCCAAAUGUUGUCUGCCACUGGGAUGCUUUUAACUCUUAGGUCUUGGAUUUAGCUUUAAAUGGUAUGGUUGCAUUUUUUCAUUAUGCAUCUUUCAAGCCUAAUGGUACUUCUAAUGCUGGAUUAUGAUGUGCUUUUUCUAGAAAUGGCAUCCACUAUAAAUGUAUGGACAAAAAAUAUAUUGUAUAAUUAUAAUUAACAAUAUGCAUUUGGAAUCUUGCAAAAUCUCAACUGCAGGUUUAACUUUUUUACCAAUGCUUGUGUUGUCUGCAUGUAAAGCCUUUAAGACUACGCCACGUGGGAGAAGGUUUUGAACAGGGAGAAAACAACUUGGGAUCAGAGGUUAUUAAAUGCACAGCUGCAUUUGCCUUAGGGAGUCUGUAUACAAACAUUGCCCUCAAUUAUUCUACGGCAAAAAGUUGAAUCUGAGCUAAAUUAUCAUUAAUGAAGCACCAGAAACAAUGGUGUCCAAUCUGUGGUUUUUGGAAAAAAUGUUAGAACGGCAUUCAAACAGUUUUUUCUAACCUUCCUGCCAUGAGGGGUAAUCAGUUUUCUUUUUUUUUUUUGUUUAGGAGCACAGGUCCUGUCACAUUGUGUGUUUGUAAGAGAGAGCAGUCUCAUAACGGGGUUUUACUACUAUUGUAAAACACUUAUGGAGUUGAAGUUUAAAUCAUACCAUGUUAUUAGAAAUGAGCACAGUUAGCAUCAUUAUUGCCUCUUAUCCAUUCACAGUUCCAGUACUGCGCGGCUCCACUCUGCUCGCUCUCGCUCCACUCGGUACUAAAGCUGUUGUUUCCAUUGACAUAAUGACGGCUGGAGUUAUGACUUGAAGCCCCGCCUCCAGCCAUCAGCGUUGUGCCGCUAUUAACCUUUACUGGCUUAUGAUUUGCUGUGAGCCUAUCAAACGAGAAGUUUCAAGAACAAAUGCGCAAAGUAAACACUCACCAAUUGCACACUAUGUCCUUCAGCAGUGAUUUCGAACCACCACCACUGCUUCCGGUUUAACCCACUCUGGCCAUUGUGGUCAUGUGUUAGCUUUUUCUUGCACUGCGGUGUGACGUAAAAUCUGUGGCUUGUCACACUCCUACCUCAGCGAACACUUGCUCAUGCUGCUGACAUACAGCUGACCAAUCAGUGAGCAGCAAUCUGUUCACAUCCACAUUUUGGCCCUGCUCAGCCCCAAUGGGACCUGCUGUCGAGGUGGUACCAAGAAAGACAGGAGUAGGCCUGAAAAGCCAGUUAUGGAAACGGUCGCAAAACAGGCUAAGUGAUGCCAGCCAAAGCAGAGCCCAUGGAAAAGGGGCAUAAAUGCCAGUCUGUAUUUUUUAGAGAAUGUUGGUCCUUAUCUUGAUUCUGAUUUCCAUAAGGCUGUCAUCAUUUAUAAAUUUAGCAUAUUCCAUGACAAAAGUAAAAAAAAAACUUGAUUUAAAAACAGCAAUGUUGCUGUCCUCCAUUUAGCCUUCCUCUUCUGACGUCUUGCUCUCUCUGUGAGCUUCAGUGAUCUGCUGACAUGUCUCAACAUGUUGUAGAAAUGACUGUUUUCCACUGCUUAUUGCAUCUCAGUGCUUCCUAUUCCAUUUUUGAGCACCACCUUCCAUCAGUAACGAAUUCCACACCGAUCACUGUGGUUAACACCAGGUUAUGCUCUGGUGUGUUCACUAAUCAGAAAAAAAAUCUACAAUUUGAGUUUCUGGCUAUCCUGUUGUGAGUCAGGACUGUUCCAGCGGAAUAUCACACAAUAUCGGGCAUUAGCUGAUUUCUCAAAGCAUCUCCAAUCUGUAGUGCUAGCAGUUAGCUAUUGCAGGAAAACACAGACUUUGGAAAGAUGAUGCAAGCUUUUGGGAAAAACUGAUUUGGGAAACGGUCAAGGAGUGUUCUUCACCUUGGAGAGAUGUCAGGGUCUUGGCAUGUGGUAAAAGUUCAAUCAAACCUGCAUGCUAUCAUUAGUGUUCUAUAUUUUUCCUUUGCUGUUAAUUGCUUUUAAUAUCGUCUCGAGUCUGUCCUUUUAGAGCUGCACUACCACGUCAUCUUUAUCCUGAGUAGAUGGCAUCAGAGUAAAGGGAAGAGCACACAGUAUCCUGCGCAAGUGCUUUAUAUGAAUUGACAGGGAAUUGUCUCUUCACAAUAUUAAUGAUCAUCUUUUUUGACAUCAUUGUCCUUAAAAGCAUUGGGAUUGGUCUUUGGCAACUUUGGUAGGUCUUUAGAGCAUAGUUUUAGUUGUAGUUAGGUGGAGACAUCCAAGGAAGCACAGUGGAAAUUAGAUAGGACCUUUGAACGAUGUUGCAUGUUUAAACACUUAGCGUUUUAAAGCUUUGAGUUGUAUAGGAAUGAAGGACUACAAAUGUGUGUUUUGGCUGUAUAGAGAGAUUUUUUGUUUUUUUGUUAAUGUCACAAAUAUGGGCUGGACAUUUUUUGUACAAGAAAUGUAUUUUUCUUCCUUUUUAACAGUGUUUGAGUUUUUUGUUGUUGCUGGUUGUGACAUUUGCCAUCUGGGGGAUGGGGCCGUACAAAAGGAAUGUACACUUGUUUGAGGUAUCUUUUUUUAUCUGCCUGCAAACCAGUUUCUGAAAGGAUGGGGAACAUAAGGACUCUACAAUGACACAUAAUUUGCACUUGAACAUUCAUUGAACCUCUCCUUGCCUCAAGUUUUCCCUCAGAUGGUAAUUUAUAAAAAGAAGUCACAGAUUUGUCAUGUAUUCAUAUAACUAGACUAAAAAUGUUUUGUUUUUUGUCAUAUCUGUGUGAUUGAAGGGGUCACACACCAGCAUCAUUUCAAAGCUAUUCCUAAUUGGCUGUCAAGGUAUGGGAUCAUAGCGAGAAUGUGGAUGUAAAUUUAUUUUUACCCUUUGGUGUAUGUGAGGACAUUAUUUUCAGUUGAAAUGUGAAGACAAUAUUAGGUUCUUUUUCUUUAUAUGGUGUUUAGUUCAUCUUAAUUGUAAUUCCAUUUUAACUUUAAAAUAAUCAUCCAAAUUCUAACACUCGGAACCCCUUUUUAGAUGGUAUCCUUGUGCUUUAAAGCCUUCGGUGUUCGAUUCCAGAGGUUGACGCUUGUUCCAACUGCUGAGUUGAAUUAGUAACAGCUGUUAAGCACUUAACAUGCUCUGAACUUUUUUUUUUGUUCUUUGUGCAUCUCAGUGAGUGAAGGUAGUUGUUUACAGCAUCCUGUUUGGACAAAGCCUUCCCCCAUUUUUUUCUUUUCCUCACAUUAACAUUUCGGUACAAUUUAGAAAAUUCCUUUUAAUGUGUUUUACACAUUCGUGCUGCUUUUGGAUAUUAUUGCCUUUCUUGUAUUUAACAAUGGUGGAACUAGAAAGUUGCCACUCUAGAUGUAUGUACACAUAAUGACUUUGUUGUCAUCUUGGGAAAGCAAAGCAAAACUUGCAAUUUGUUAAUGACCGUAGUCAGUUAAAGGAGAAUUAGUAUUAAUUAGUAGAACCUCUGUAGAAUUACCGGUUUACAUUGGUUGUCAACUUUUCAAAGUAGAUAGUCUUUUUGUAUUUUCUUUUGGAGAGAAAAAAACAAUGAUUUAUUGCACAUUUUGGAUACAGUUGAAGAGUUUUUGUAUCUGCCGAUUAUAAAUUAUAAAUAAAACUAUAUUCUAAAAAAAAAAAA